AUGACGAGUGGAUUUGUGAGCACAACCGAACUUGACGAAGAAAAAAAAGCUCGGCAAGAAGCUUGGGAGAAAGCUCGCAAACCAACAGAUACAAUUCUUGCUCCUGAACCGGAAUAUUGUAACAAGACGCUGUUCGAACAGCUAAAAGACAACAAAGAUGCAAAGCAAUUGGAAAUCGAUGAAGCAAAAAAACUCAAAAAUAUGGUUCGUGGUAUUGACGAAGAUGAAAGCACAUUUUUGUCAGAUCUGGAUACCACCAAAAGAGUUGUUAAAAUGCAAAUGAAAAGAGAAGAGCAAGAAGUUAUAAAAGAAAUGACUGUCACUCAACAUCUUGCUGCAAAUCAGCCAGCUGCGCCUCGUUUCAUUUUGAAACCAUCGACUUCUUCAGCGGGAGCUGUUCAACCUAAAUCUAAACAAGCGGCUUUCUUAAGUACUGCCAUCAAAAGAAAAUCAACAAGCGCUGGUCCAGAAGAAAAGAAAGAAGAAGUUGUACCACCAACAAAGUUGCCGAAACAAGAACCCGUUAUCAAAAAGAUUGGAGCCCUUCAGGCACUAUGUGAUUAUGCUCCAUCUAGUGAUUCGGACAGCGACGCGUCUUCAGACAAUGAACCAGAUACCAUUCCAAUUCUUGUCACAUCACAACCUCAGAAAAAGAAGGAAGGUGGAUGCGAAUAA